AUGAGAGAAGAGGUAGAACAGGAGAAGUUGAUUAGAAAGAGGAAGAGGGAAGAGAAAGAAGAUGCACCUUAUGUACCUUCUCCGGAGCAUGUUUCAGCGUCACUAUCUACUCCGAGAGGCAAAAAGAAAGCUGCUGAUCGAAAGAGAACUACACCAAAGAUUAAAGUGUCGAAGCGCCCUCAGAAGAUCAUACAACCAACACCACAACAAUCACCAAGACAACCUACUCCUCCAUCACACUCAACACCACCCAAACAACCUACUCCGCAACGACAACCAUCUCCUAUUUCUCAAUCAACACCACCACCACAACAACCAUAUUAUACUUCGCAAGAUCUCUUUGGCACACCUCCACUCACCCAAGUACAACCUGGUUCUUCGAGUAAAGGUCUUCCGAUACCGCAAGAUAAUCUACUAGACGUUGAUUUUGACUUUGCAAACAAUUCGCAAGUGUUGAAAUUGGAAAAGAGAAUUGAGGAUGUGAUAGCAGAGAAUAAAAAGUUGGCGGCUGAAAGCAAAAAGAUUGCUGAUAGAGAAAAGACUCUUGCUGGUAGGGUGCAGAAGUUGGAAGGUGAAAACAAAGUGUUGACACAGAAAGUUGAAGCUGAUUAG